AUGCCGGCUACAGGACUGAUGACGUGGGUAUGGAGUCAUCUACUCUGUCUGGCUCUUAUCUCUCUCUCACCUGCACCAGCUCAGGGUCAAGGUAAACACAAUCAUAUAGGCUGCUUCUUAUCCUCUGUCGUCCCGUGUGUGUCUUUUUGAUGUGCAGCUUUUGUCGAAGCAUUUGUCUUUGUGUCACUGUCACUUUGUGAUUAUUUUACUUCAAAGGGAAAAGUCACUAUUUUCUGGUAAUAUAAGUUCAUUUUUGUGUGUAAAAUCACAUCAUUCACAUUCAAUUUGCAGUUGACUCAAGUGUUUUGAGAAUAUGCUUUGACAUGAACUACCUACCGUUAUGGUCUUUCCCCAUAUAGCCAAUGUUGCAAAAAAUAUCUGCCUUUGGGCUUAUCCUUGUUGAUGUGAAGACAAACAAGAACUGCACCCUGAAACAGCUGCAGUUUGUUUAUCUGGGCUUGUCUUGACACCGUUGCCCAGUCCUCAAGUGAAACGAACCAAAGCAUUCCUGUGCUAAGCGUGCACUCUGCACUGUGCUAACCUGGGCUACAGCAUAGUGCCGCUUUGAGUUGUAUUGUAGCGUUACACCUUGGACAGCAUCCAUUGGGUGUCGGCAGAAGCAUUCUGCUCUGAAGGACCGCCCUCUUGUUUAAAGUAAACAACCUGUCCUUUUUACAGGUCAGAGUUCAAAGUGUACUGUCAGUGGGCUUCAAUAGAAGUUUCCUUCAAAGUGCGCUAAAGAGGUUUAACUGAACGCAUCCGGCCCUUGAGGCGAUAGACAAGGGAGGGAUGUCUGGGAACACAGGUCACUGUCACCCAAUGGCAUGUGGCCACAUGCCCAUCCCUACAGUGUCAGCAUCUCACCCAAUAUGGCACUUCUUAUAACUAAUUCUUACAUAUGAAUUAAAAUGCAUUAAACUUUCUGUAUCUGACUUCCAAACUUCCCAUGGGUACUUGAGGCCUCUUAAACCCUCCGCAGCCUGCUGGCUGUUUGCACAAGACGGCUAUGAAAAAUAUAUGAGAACUUAAGCCCAUUUUCACACAGGCAAGUCCUUUGUCUUGGAGAUGUUGUUUACCAAGCGUACUACUAGUCUGAGACGUCAGUUCUGGAAAUUUCCUGUCUCACUGUACAUGGUGAUGCAUCAAGUCUCUAAAGGUUUAAAAAAAAAAAAAACACUCACAAACACACAUGCUAAUUCUCUCACUCGGGAAAUGACAUUCUUCAGAGAAUAUCUUUUUUUCAGAGAGAGUUAAGCCCUGCUGAAUACCCACCCCCCAUUUUCAGGUUGGUGAGCUCAGUACAGUAUUAUUUUUCGCCUGUUUGCACCAUGUACCAUCUCCGGGCUCUUUACCUUCCGAUGAGUUACUCCAUUCUAUGUGCUUGGUUGUAUUCUUUCCAUACCUACAUCAAUGUCUCCAAAUAUAUUCCCAUACAUACAUCAUUAUUCUGUAUGUUUCAACUGCAGAGCUUUGCUCUCAUUUAUGUCAGUCAUAGUGAAGGUAUUUAAAGAAUACAUUGGCACCAGAUCGUUUCCUGCUCCUAAUGAGGACACAAACACGACCAGUUUGUGGGACUGUUUGCAACACUUUCCAUUAUUACAAAAUUGGAUGGGAAUGUUUAUUUUAUAUUUUUUCUCUGGGAUUUGGUCAUGCCUAGUAUUAACUACUUUGCGGAGCUGAUGGGAUGUUGACCCAAGAGGAAGUGGUGAAGUGGUAUAUAGUUCUACUUGCAGAUAGAUAUCUUCUUGAAGACAGGAAUAGAUGCUAUUCCAGUGCCUUUCCCUUUGUCGCUGCUGCAAUUGAAAAAAAGUCACAUUCUCCUCUGAAAAGGCCUCAAAGUAAAGAGCACACUCUUUGUAAUACACUCUCAAUUCGACUGCUCCAGCCAAAUGCAAUCAUGAUGAGACCGGGGAUGGUACUUUGAUGCUGAGAUAAGUGCUGCACAAAAGACCCCCCUCCAAAAGAGAUAUGAGAGCUAUCAAUGGCAAAGGGAGAGAAUGUGACUGCUUUUUUUGUGACAUCUGUGGCACUCUUUGAAUCUGUAUCUUUUUUAUUUGGCCAAGAUACAAUCUUUUAGGACUGUUGAAACACAGAUGGAGUGCCUGUUACCUCGCCAAACUCUGGCUGGAGUUCAAUCUAGCUGCUAACUGUUUCAUAAUCACUUUUAACUGGGGAAUCUCAAGUUUCAUGCAUUUUGAUUGGCAAAAAAUCCCCAAACCUUUCACACUCUACUAGUUAAUGAAUUGGGACUGUUUUUUCAAAGAACAUUGGUUUUUACGCUUGAUUGAAUCCCAACCACUGUCUUGGUGUCAUAUUAACCAUGCAUUCAAUAUUACAAACUCUUCUUGAGUUAGUCAGUUAUUGUUAAAAACGGUGUUUUGUUGAUUUUUUUGUCUAGGUGCCACCCCACGAAGACUUCGUUUCAAAGUCCUGAGCGCAACCCAGUUGCAUGUGUCAUGGAAAGAGCCUAAAGGAGACUUUGAAAGCUACAGAUUUAUUUAUAGCACACAAUCAGGUAAGGUCCAGCAAUGUUACGAACAAGUUACGAUUCGGCCCUGAAGGACUACGCUUUCUAACUUAUGUUCCGUGUUUCACAAACAGCUUCAUACUUGCAGUGUAGAAAACAUACAGUUGAAGUUGGAAGUUUACAUACGCCUUAGCCAAAUACAUUGAAACUCAGUUUUUCACAAUUCCGGACAUUUAAUCCUAGUAAAAUGUCCCUGUCUUAGGUCAGUUAGGAUCACCACUUUAUUUUAAGAAUGUGAAAUGUCAGAAUAAUAGUAGAGAGAAUGAUUUAUUUCAGCUUUUAUUUCUUUCAUCACAUUCCCAGUGGGUCAGAGGUUUACAUACACUCAAUUAGUCUUUGGUAAUAUUGCCUUUACAUUGUUUAACUUGGGUCAAACGUGUCGGGUAGCCUUCCACAAGCUUCCCACAAUAAGUUGGGUGAAUUUUGGCCCAUUCCUCCUGACAGAGCUGGUGUAACUGAGUCAGGUUUGUUGGCCUCCUUGCUCGCACACGCUUUUUCAGUUCUGCCCCCAAAUUUUCUAUAGGAUUGAGGUCAGGGCUUUGUGAUGGCCACUCCAAUACCUUGACUUUGUUGUCAUUAAGCCAUUUUACCACAACUUUGGAAGUAUGCUUGGGGUCAUUGUCCAUUUGGAAGACCAAUUUGCGACCAAGCUUUAACUCCCUGACUGAUGUCUUGAGAUGUUGCUUCAAUAUAUCCACAUAAUUUUCCUUCCUCAUGAUACCAUCUAUUUUGUGAAGUGCACCAGUUCCUCCUGCAGCAAAGCACCCCCACAGCAUGAUGCUGCCACCCCUGUGCUUCACGGUUGGGAUGGUGUUCUUCAGCUUGCAAGCCCCACCUUUUUCCUCCAAAUAUAACGAUGGUCCUUAUGGCCAAACAGUUCUAUUUUUGUUUCAUCAGACCAGAGGAAAUUUCUCCAAAAAGUACGAUCUUUGUCCCCAUGUGCAGUUGCAAACCGUAGUCUGGGUUUUUUGUGGCGGUUUUGGAGCCGUGGCUUCUUCCUUGCUGAGCGGCAUUUCAGGUUAUGUCGAUAUAGGACUCGUUUUACUGUGGAUAUAGAUACUUUUGUACCUGUUUCCUCCAGCAUCUUCACAAGGUCCUUUGCUGUUGUUCUGGGAUUGAUUUGCACUUUUCGCACCAAAGUACGUUAAUCUCUAGGAGACAGAACGUGUCUCCUUCCUGAGCGGUAUGACGGAUGCGUGGUCCCAUGGUGUUUAUACUUGCGUACUAUUGUUUGUACAGAUUAACGUGGUACCUUCAGGCGUUUGGAAAUUGCUCCCAAGGAUGAACCAGACUUGUGGAGGUAUACAAUUUUUUUCUGAGGUCUUGGCUGAUUUCUUUUGAUUUUCCCAUGAUGUCAAGCAAAGAGGCACUGAGUUUGAAGGUAGGCCUUGAAAUACAUCGACAGGUACACCUCCAAUUGACUCAAAUGAUGUCAAUUAGCCUAUCAGAAGCUUCUAAAGCCAUGACAUCAUUUUCUGGAAUUUUCCAAGCUGUUUAAAGGCACAGUCAACUUAGUGUAUGUAAACUUCUGACCCACUGGAAUUGUGAUACAGUGAAUUAUACGUGAAAUAAUCUGUCUGUAAACAAUUGUUGGAAAAAUUACUUGUGUCAUGCACAAAGUAGAUGUCCUAACCGACUUGCCAAAACUAUAGUUUGUUAAAAAGAAAUUUGUGGAGUGGUUGAUAAACAAGUUUUAAUGACUCCAACUCCAACUGUAGGACUGAAUCAUUUUAAUAUGUUUGGUGGAGCGAGUCUUUGGUAACCAGACAAGAGGCACUUUUUGGAAAUGGGGAUGGAUACAAGCCGAAUGGAGUUUUCACUGCUGGUAGGCCUAUGUGAAUUGUGAAUAAUGCAAAAGCAUGACGGCAAAAGCCUCACAAGUAGACAAUUAUUUUAGAAAACUUUUAUGGAUAGGCUUCUUGGCUAAUGCAUGAAAUACACCCGAUGCAUUGCUGUUGAAACAGCUUUCGUUAUAGUAAGCCUAGGGUAAGGGUGGCCUCCUGACAGCUUGAGCCGGCCCACUGCCUCAAGCUCAACCUCAACAAGACGGAACUGCUCUUCCUCCUGGGGAAGGCCUGCCGGCUCAAAGAACUCUCCAUCACGGUUGACAACUCCACCGUGUCGCCCUCCCAGAGUGCAAAUAACCUUGGCGUGACCCUGGAAAACACCCUGUCCUUCUCUGCAAACAUCAAAGCAGUGACCCGCUCCUGCAGGUUCAUGCUCUACAACAUCCAUAGAGUACUACUCUACCUCACACAGGAAGCGUGUCCUAUCCCAGCUGGACUACUGCAACUCGCUGUUGGCUGGGCUCCCCACUUGUGCCAUCAAACCCAUGCAACUUAUCCAGAACGCAGCAGCCCGCCUGGUUUUCAACCUUCCCAAGUUCUCGCAUGGGAAUCCAAGAUGGCAAAGCAGUGCGGUUGUGUUUUUUUCUGUGUCCUUGUGUAAAUAGCCAGUUUUUUAGUUUUUUGUCUAUAUUUCUCAAUUUUACUUUUCAUUCUUUAACUAAAUAUACUUUCCUGCAACCCGCCUCACCCAACGUGGAAAGGAUUAUAUUAUUUCUUUAUAAGUUUUAUCAAGAACCUUAAGCUGAAACUAGUCUAGCUGCAACCGAAUGGCUACUUGCUAUUAGCCACCGUUAGCGUCUUCACCAUUGUCCGUGGCCUGCACUACCCACCAGCCAGCUCUAGCUCUAGCCUGGACAAUUUGUCGGCCAGUCUGCACAGCGUGCUAUCGACCCAGAGCAUAUCGGAUUUUCUGCCGGAAUCACUGGACCCUAGCGCCGGAUCAUCGCAACCAGCUAGCUGCAACCAAAUGGCUGUUGUCGUUGGCUAAUUACCAUUGCCCCUUAGCAAGCACCAGUUAGCCUUGAGCUAGCCUCGAGCCAGGCCCAUCUCCCGGCUAUCUACCUCUCUGUCAACCGGACGGGACCUCCUAGUGUUGACACGGAGCCCCGCUGAUCCAACACGACUGGUUUGCCGAUGAAAUCGUCUGAUGUGGUUUCAACAGGCUUCCCGUUACGACGUCGACCACGAAGAUCUAUCUGCUAGCCCCGGCCCGCUAACACACGCAAGCCAGGCCUCUUGCUCGCCAGUGCUGUAGCAGCCCCCGAACUACCUCCGAACUCUCCUAUUGCUGUUGACCGGACCUUAUGAUAACUCAGCUAAACAGCUGAUGCCUGCUGGACUGUUCCUUUAUACGGUACGGUUUAUGUUUAGCCUCAGCCCAAACCUUGUCGCCAUUACCAGCUGUUGUCUUAGCUCUCUCGAAUAACACCUGUGAUUGCUUUAUGCCUCUCUCCCAUGUCAAUAUGCCUUGCUUAUUGCUGUUUCGGUUAUUUCUUAUUGUACUAUUUCACUGUAGAGCCCCCAGCCCAGCUCAACCUGCCUUAGACAGCUCCUUUGUCCCACCCCCGACUCAAUCGGUGCCUCCAGUGAUGCUAUCUCCUUCAUCGUUACCCAACGCUUAGGUUUACCUCCACUGUACUCAUAUCCUUCCAUAUCCUUGUCUGUACAUAAUGCCCUGAAUCUAUUCUACAACGCCCGGAAAUCUGCCCCUUUUUUUCUCUGUACCCAACGCACUAGAAGACCAGUUCUUAAAGCCUUUAGCCGUAUCCUUAUUCUACUCCUCCUCUGUUCCUCUGGUGAUGUAGAGGUUAACCCAGGCCCUGUAGCCCCCAGUAUCACUCCUACUCCCCAGGCGUUAUCAUUUGUUGACUUCUGUAACCGUAAAAGCCUUGGUUUCUUGCACGUUAACAUCCGAAGCCUCCUUCCUAAGUUUGAGUUAUUCACUGCGUUAGCACACUCCGCCUGAUGUUCUAGCAGUGUUUGAAUCCUGGCUUAGGAAGGCCACCAAAAAAAAAAAAAAAAAAAAAUACUACAUUUUCUGUCUCGAUAGAACUGCCAAAGGGGGUGGGGUUGCAAUCUACUGUAGAGAUAGCCUGCAGAGCUCUAUCAUACUAUCCAGGUCUGUGCCCAAACAGUUUGAGCUUCUACUUCAAAAAAUCCACCUUUCCAGAAAUAAGUCUCUCACUGUUGCCGCUUGCUACAGACCCCCCUCAGCCCCCAGCUGUGCCCUGAACACCAUAUGUGAAUUGAUUGUCCCCAUCUAUCCUCAGAGUUCGUACUGCUUGGUGACCUAAACUGGGAUAUGCUUAACACCCCGGCCAACCUAUAAUCUAAACUAGAUGCCCUCAAUCUCACACAAAUGAUCAACGAACCUACCAGGUACAACCCAAAAUCUGUAAACAUGGGCACCCUCAUAGAUAUCAUCCUGACAAAUUUACCCUCUAAAUACACCUCCGCUGUCUUCAACCAGGAUCUCAGCGAUCACUGCCUUAUUGCCUGCAUCCGUAAUGGGUCCGCGGUCAAACGACCACCCCUCAUCACUGUCAAACGCUCCCUAAAACACUUUAGUGAGUAGGCCUUUCUAAUUGACCUGGCCCGGGUAUCCUGGAUGGAUAUUGACCUCAUUCCGUCAGUAGAGGAUGCCUGGUUGUUCUUUAAAAGUGCUUUCCUCUCAAUCUUAAAUAAGCAUGCCCCAUUCAAAAAAUUCAGAACUAAGAACAGAUAUAGCCCCUGGUUCUCCUCAGACUUGACUGCCCAUGACCAGCACAAAAACAUCCUGCGGCGUACUGCAUUAGCAUCGAACAGCCCCCGCGAUAUGCAACUUUUCAGGGAAGUCAGGAACCAAUAUACACAAUUAGUUAGGAAAGCAAAGGCUAGCUUUUUCAAACAGAAAUUUGCAUCCUGUAGCACUAACUCCAAAAAGUUUUGGGACACUUGUAAAGUCCAUGGAGAAUAAGAGCACCCCCUCCCAACUGCCCACUGCACUGAGGCUAGGAAACACUAAAUCUACAAUAAUCGAGAAUUUCAAUAAGCAUUUUGCUACGGCUGGCCAUGCUUUCCACCUGGCUACCACUACCCGGGCCACCAGCUCUGCACCCUCCGCUGCAACUUGCCUGUGCAAAUACCUAGGUGUCUGGUUAGACUGUAAACUCUCCUUCCAGACUCACAUUUAGUUGAUCUCCAAUCAAAAGUUAGAUCUAGAAUCGGCUUCCUAUUUCGCAACAAAGCCUCCUUCACUCAUGCUACCAAACAUGCCCUCGUAAAACUGACUAUCCUACCGAUCCCUGACUUCGGCGAUGUCAUUUACAAAAUAGCCUCCAACACUCUACUCAGCAAAUUGGAUGUAGUCUAUCACAGUGCCAUCCGUUUUGUCACCAAAGCCCCAUAUACUACCCACCAUUGUGACCUGUACGCUCUUGUUGGCUGGCCCUCAUUACAUAUUCGUCGCAAAACCCACUGGCUCCAGGUCAUCUAUAAAUCACUGCUAGGCAAAUCCCUGACUUAUCUUAGCUCACUGGUCACCAUAGCAACACCCACACGUAGUCUGCGCUCCAGCAGGUAUAUUUCACUGGUCAUCCCCAAAGCCAACACCUCCUUUGGCCGCCAUUCCUUCCAGUUCUCUGCUGCCAAUGACUGGAACGAAAUGCAAAAAUCUCUGAAGCUGGAGACUCUUAUCUCCCUCACUAACUUUAGGCGUCAGUUGUCAGAGCAGCUUACCGAUCACUGCACCUGUACCCAGCCCAUCUGUAAUUAGCCCAUCCAACUACCUCAUCCCCAUAUUGUUAUUUAUUUUGCUAAUUUGCACCCCAGUAUCUCUAUUUGCACAUCAUCUUUUGCACAUCUAUCAUUCCAGUGUUAAUACGAAAUUGUAACUAUUUUGCACUAUGGCCUAUUUAUUUAUUGCCUUACCUCCAUAAUUUACUACAUUCGCACACACUGUAUAUAUAUUUUCUGUUGUAUUUUUGACUUUAUGUUUUGUUUACCCCAUAUAUAACUCUGUGUUGUUGUUUUUAUCGCACUGCUUUGCUUUAUCUUGGCCAGGUCGCAGUUGUAAAUGAGAACUUGUUCUCAACUGGCUUACCUGGUUAAAUAAAGGUUAAAUAAAAAUUAAUAAAAUAAAUGUCACCCUGCUCCUCCGCACACUCCAUUGGCUUCCAGUCGAAGCUCGCAUCCACUACAAGACCAAGAGGAAAUGCCCCUCCCUACCUUCAGGCUAUGCUCAAACCCUACACCCCAACCCGAGCAUUCCGUUCUGCCACAUCAGGUCUCUUGGCCCUCCCACCCCUACGGGAGGGCAGCUCCCGCUCAGCCCAGUCCAAGCUCUUCUCUGUCCUGGCACCCCAAUGGUGGAACCAGCUUCCCCCUGACGCUAGGACAGCAGAGUCCCUGCCCAUCUUCCGAAAACAACUGAAACCCUACCUCUUCAAACAGUAUCUUAAAUAAUCCUCCUAACCUUCUAUUUGACUAUUUGGCGAAUGCAUUGGGCAGGACAUAAAAACAGCCUUCAUUGGGCAGGACAUAAAAACAGCCUUCAUUGGCAGGACAUAAAAACAGCCCCCCCCAGCUCUGACUCUGCUGAUAGCUACGUUAUUGAGGAAAAUUUAAUUUUGUAUGCCUGUGAUAUGUGGUUGUCCCACCUAGCUAUCUAAAGAUGAAUGCACUAACUGUAAGUCGUUCUGGAUAAGAGCGUCUGCUAAAUGACUAAAAUGUAAAUAUAUACAGAGUGUGUUGUAUGAACACAGACAUUUUGCUGAAAAGAUAGUAAAAUAUCAGUGCUUUUCAAGUAUGCUGCUAUACAUUCGGAAGUAUUGGUCAAGAUUGUUUGAAUCAUUCAUAGGGGUGCAUCUAAGGUCUAGUUGUGUCAGAUAAGGCCUCCAUAAUACCUAUGAAUUACCUAUGAUGGGCGCAUCCCUCACAAAAUAUAUUUUUUUAUCAUCUUUAAGCAAGACCUGACAAGACUUGACACCCCCAUUUCUACAACAUGCCUACACACUUCCAUUUGCAACAUGUUGCCUUCAGGCCAUGCUUAGCAGAUAUAUCAAAAUAGUAAUAAAGGAGGAACUGUACGUGUCAGUGAACACAGUUAAAGACGAGUGUGAAAUGUCAGGAUAAUUGUAAUUCCGUAGUUCUGUUCUGAUAUGCAAAACAAGAAUGAUGAAACCUAAGGUCAAUGCAUAAAUAGUGCAUUUUAGCUACAUUCCCUUAAGUUCUCAUCUGCCAGUCUCGAUUUAUAGAAAUUGAUUUAGAAUCAGUAGGCUACACAGUGAGUGAAUUCUCUCCUUUUUAUUUGAGUCCCAACUGAGUGUCUCCAUGUCCUGUGGGUACUGCUUAAAAUAAUUCAGGUGUGUUGGAACACUGAGGCCUCUCUUUACUUGUCCUGCAGCAGCCGCUGAGCCACUGCCCAGUUCAUUUACUGCCGAUAUACCCCCCCGUAUCCAGUAGUAUCCUGCAUUGCAACAUCAAAUGUCAUUCCUGACAUUCCACCUGAAAAGGAGAUUUCAAAAUAGUCAAAAUAUCCAAAAAGUAUAUUUCUAUUAUGGUAACUCAUUUUUAAUAGAAUGCAUUUAAUAAACAAUCAGAACACAAGUGAAAACAAUUUCUUGAAUAUUGACAAAGUUUGGUCUUCUUUGUUACUUUCUCCCAAUUACAGAUGCAGAGGAGACUGAACUAGAUGUGUCAAAGAAGGAAGCCAAAGUGAUCAUAGACUUUGACCCCAGCAAGUUAUACACAGUCAAGGUCACUGCUGUGAAAGGUGCUCAGGAGAGCAAGCCACUUCUAGGAACAUUUGAGGGUGAGAAGAGCCUUAUACCUUUUACAAAUUAUUCUACGAUUUCAGGAGGUUUAUUCAAAGGAAAUAGCUGGUCUGUGUGAUUGCCAUUGUUCCAACAUAUUUGACAAAAUGUAUUCUACAGUAUAAUGUGUCAAUGGAAAUGUGUUUGGUUUGUUUCAGCCCAACUUUCAGAGCCUGACAAUAAGAACGUACAGCCCCAGAAUGUACGACCCAAGAACCAGAAAGACACCAGUGUCACCGAGGAGAACAAUGAGAUAUCUGAA